GUGGUGGUGGUGGUGGUGGUGGCGGCGCAGGCUGAGAAGAUGCGGCUCGGAGCGCCCGCCGCCGCCGCCGCCGCGGUUGUCUCCUAAGAGCCCCUGGAGAUCCCCACCCUCCUCUGGAUUUCUGGGCCCACGACGUGGUCAGCGAGACCAGGGUGCUUCGGUGGCUGUGGGCCGGCCCUGCCCGUUGCUGGACUUGUAUGUGCCGCUCGGACUCCGGGCUCCUUGGAGCUCUCGUUUACGUGGAAGUUUUGAGCCAUUUUGAAUCUUUUGAAGGAGAAGCCGCUGCUCGCAAUGAGCUCGCAAAGCCAUCCAGAUGGACUUUCUGGCCGAGACCAGCCAGUGGAGCUGCUCAACCCUGCCCGUGUGAACCACAUGCCCAGCACCGUGGACGUGGCCUCGGCCCUGCCUCUGCCGGUGGCCCCCCCGGGGGUGCCCAUGGACCUGCGCCUGGACCACCAGUUCCCGCUGCCCGUGGCGGAGCCGGGCCUCCGCGAGCAGCAGCUGCAGCAGGAGCUCCUGGCGCUCAAGCAGAAGCAGCAGCUGCAGAGACAGAUCCUCAUCGCCGAGUUCCAGCGGCAGCACGAGCAGCUGUCGCGGCAGCACGAGGCCCAGCUGCACGAGCACAUCAAGCAACAGCAGGAGCUGCUGGCCAUGAAGCACCAGCAGGAGCUGCUCGAGCACCAGCGGAAGCUGGAGCGGCAUCGGCAGGAGCAGGAGCUGGAGAAGCAGCACCGGGAGCAGAAGCUGCAGCAGCUGAAGAACAAGGAGAAGGGCAAAGAGAGCGCCGUGGCCAGCACGGAAGUGAAGAUGAAGCUGCAGGAGUUUGUCCUCAAUAAGAAGAAGGCCCUGGCUCAUCGGAACCUGAACCACUGCAUGUCCAGCGACCCUCGCUACUGGUACGGGAAGACGCAGCACAGCUCACUGGACCAGAGCUCCCCGCCCCAGAGCGGGGCGUCGGCCUCCUACAACCACCCGGUCCUGGGCAUGUACGACGCCAAAGACGACUUCCCCCUCAGAAAGACAGCUUCUGAACCCAACCUGAAAUUGCGCUCCAGGCUAAAGCAGAAAGUGGCUGAGAGACGGAGCAGCCCCCUGCUGCGCAGGAAAGAUGGGCCAGUGGUCACGGCUCUGAAAAAGCGCCCCUUGGAUGUCACAGACUCGGCGUGCAGCAGUGCCCCAGGCUCCGCGCCCAGCUCGCCCAACAACAGCUCCGGGAACGUGAGCACCGAGAACGGGAUCGCGCCCACCGUCCCCAGCAUCCCGGCCGAGACCAGCCUGGCGCACAGACUCGUGGCGCGAGAGGGCUCGGUGGGCCCGCUGCCCCUCUACACCUCACCAUCCCUGCCCAACAUCACGCUGGGGCUGCCCGCCACCGGCCCCUCCACGGGGGCAGCCGGCCAGCAGGAGGCCGAGAGACUGGCCCUCCCCGCCCUGCAGCAGCGCGUCUCCCUCUUCCCCGGCGCCCACCUCGCCCCCUACCUGGGCACGGCGCCCCUGGAGCGUGACACAGGGGCGGCCCCUGGCUCCCUGCUGCAGCACGUGGUCCUCCUGGAGCAGCCGCCUGCACAGACGCCCCUCGUCACAGACCGCUAUCUUGCAGGCCUGGGCGCGCUGCCCCUGCACGCGCAGCCCCUGGUAGGGGCUGAGCGCGUGGCACCCUCGGUGCACAAGCUGCGGCAGCACCGCCCGCUGGGCCGCACGCAGUCGGCGCCGCUGCCUCAGAGCGCGCAGGCGCUGCAGCACCUGGUCAUCCAGCAGCAGCACCAGCAGUUCCUGGAGAAACACAAGCAGCACUUCCAGCAGCCGCAGCUGCACCUCAACAAGAUGAUCCCCAAACCCAGCGAGCCAGCACGGCAGCCCGAGAGCCACCCCGAGGAGACGGAGGAGGAGUUGCGGGAGCACCAGGCACUCCUGGAGGAGCCCUUCCUGGACCGGCUCCCGGGGCAGAAGGAGGCCCACGCGCUGGCUGGGGUGCAGGUGAAGCAGGAGCCCAUCGAGAGUGAUGACGAGGAGACGGAGCCCGCACGGGAGGCGGACCCCGGCCAGCGGCUGCCCACGGAGCAGGAGCUGCUCUUCAGACAGCAAGCCCUCCUCCUGGAGCAGCAGCGGAUCCACCAGCUGAGGAACUACCAGGCAUCCAUGGAGGCCGCUGGCAUCCCCGUGUCCUUCGGCGGGCACCGGCCCCUAUCCCGGGCGCAGUCCUCCCCCGCGUCUGCCACCUUCCCUAUGUCCGUGCAGGAGCCCCCAGCCAAGCCGAGGUUUACCACAGGCCUCGUGUACGACACGCUGAUGCUGAAGCACCAGUGCACCUGCGGGAACACCAACAGCCACCCAGAGCACGCCGGGCGCAUCCAGAGCAUCUGGUCGCGGCUGCAGGAGACCGGCCUGCGAAGCAAAUGUGAGUGCAUCCGUGGACGGAAGGCCACGCUGGAGGAGCUGCAGACAGUGCACUCGGAGACGCACGCCCUGCUCUACGGCACGAACCCCCUCAACAGGCAGAAACUGGACAGUAAGAAACUUCUAGGCUCAUUAACGUCCGUGUUCGUCAGGCUGCCCUGCGGUGGUGUCGGGGUGGACAGUGAUACCAUAUGGAAUGAGGUGCACUCGUCGGGGGCUGCCCGCCUGGCUGUGGGCUGUGUGGUGGAGCUGGUCUUCAAGGUGGCCACAGGGGAGCUGAAGAACGGCUUUGCUGUGGUCCGCCCUCCAGGACACCACGCAGAGGAGAGCACGCCCAUGGGGUUCUGCUACUUCAACUCCGUGGCCAUCGCUGCCAAGCUUCUCCAGCAAAGGCUGAGCGUGAGCAAGACCCUCGUGGUAGACUGGGACGUGCACCACGGGAACGGGACCCAGCAGGCCUUCUACAGCGACCCCCGCGUGCUCUACAUCUCCCUGCACCGCUACGACGACGGCAACUUCUUCCCAGGCAGCGGCGCACCCGACGAGGUGGGCACGGGCGCUGGCGUGGGCUUCAACGUCAACAUGGCUUUCACCGGCGGCCUGGACCCCCCCAUGGGAGACGCAGAGUACCUGGCGGCCUUCAGGACUGUGGUCAUGCCGAUCGCCAGCGAGUUUGCCCCAGAUGUGGUGCUGGUGUCCUCGGGCUUCGAUGCUGUGGAGGGCCACCCCACGCCCCUCGGAGGCUACAACCUCUCCGCCAAAUGUUUCGGGUACCUGACGAAGCAGCUAAUGGGCCUGGCCGGUGGCCGGGUUGUCCUGGCGCUAGAGGGGGGCCACGAUCUCACAGCCAUCUGCGACGCCUCGGAAGCCUGCGUCUCUGCUCUGCUGGGGAAUGAGCUCGAUCCUCUCCCAGAAAAGGUCUUACAGCAGAGACCCAACGCCAACGCCGUGCGGUCGAUGGAGAAGGUCAUUGAAAUCCACAGCCAGUACUGGCGCUCCCUGCAGCGGCUCGCCUCCACCGCCGGCUACUCCCUGGUCGAGGCCCAGAAGUGUGAGAACGAGGAAGCCGAGACUGUCACUGCCAUGGCCUCGCUGUCUGUGGCCGUGAAGGCCCCUGAGAAGAGACCCGACGAGGAGCCCAUGGAAGAGGAGCCGCCUCUGUAGCCGCUCCCGCAGCUGCGGGUCUCUUGUUUGUCUGUCUCCGUCUUGAAGCUCCGCCGAGAAAAGUUGCUGCCGCCCUGCGUCCUGCCGGCCUCCUCCGAGCCCGCGGGCGCGGCGGGGCGAGCCGCAGCCGGCGGCCCUCUGCCUGCCGGACCCGGGCAGACGCCGGGACGCGCCGACACACGGACGUGCGGGAGCGGGCGCUCCGGGCCCCGCAGGGCAGCCGCGGAGGGAGGGAGCCCGCGGGGGCUCGGGGCAGAGCCGCCUGCCGAGCGAGCCGACCCGAGGAAAAGAAAAUGAAAAUCAAAGAUCUCACGACACAAAACAAACUUGAUUAAAACUGGUGCUUACGGUUUGGUGAUUCCCCACAAUUCCACAGUCUCCGUGUAAACCACUCAACUCAUCCUGUAGCUUAUUUCUUUUUCAGAGAAGAGUCAGCCGCUCCGGCGCUGGCCUGCCCCUGCGCACCCCGUGUGUGCGGUGGGGCUGGGACACGGAGCCGGCGAGCGUUUAAGGGAAAAAAAAAAAAAAACUGGACAAAAGCAGAAAUGUGAGCCCGUGCGGCUUUGGUUUCUCAAAGCCGACGGAAGAUGCGCGUUUGUGCCUUUUUUUUUACUGCUCUGAUGGAUUUUUGUGGCUGGGUUUUCCGAAGUCCGAGGAACAAUGCCUUAAGAGAAAUAAACAGCAGGAGUCGGUGGGACCGCUCCCUGUGGCCGGUGGGGCCGGAGGCCGGCUCGCACUGGCCUGGCGCUUCACAAGUGGUCCCCACCACGGCCAGCAGCUCUGGAGGGCUGAGGUCCUGCCACCCUGUUUCGCUUUAUUGCUGUUGAAGAAAAAUGGAGGUAGUUCCAAAAUAGUGGCAAAUACUGUUGGGGGUUUCGAAGUCCAACAAAUUUUAAAUGAAUCCAAAGUGUUCUUUUUCUCGUACAUCAUAUAACAAUUGAGCAUCUCCAUUUGGUUGUGAAGCAUGUCCUAGGCACACUUUCAGUGUUACGAUCGGAAUGCUUUUUAUUAAAAGCAAGUAGCAUGAAGUAUUGCUUAAAAUUUUAGGUAUAAAUAAAUAUAUAUAUGUAUAAUAUAUAUUCCAAUGUAUUCCAAGCUAAGAAACUUGAUUCUUAUGAAAUCUUGAUAAAAUAUUUAUAAUGCAUUUAUAGAAAAAGUAUAUAUAUAUAAAAUAAAUGCAGAUUGUAAAGGUCCCUGGCGAAUGAACGGCUUGUGACUCAGCUCUCAAGGUGCUUGUGGAAAGGGAUCUAGUUUGAAGCUCAUGUUAUUUCUGAACUCCAGAUUGGAGAGCUUUCAAUCACAGGUUCGCCAUGGGACACCUGCCCUGCAAGAUUGUACCUUCAUCUUAAUUAUUUUCUGACCUGACCCCCCUCCCCACUCCAAGCCUCCAUGCACAUGUGUACCUGAUAAGUUUUUAUAGCAAAGGAUAUCAAUUUGCUGUUGAUUUUGUAUGAAUUUUUUCACAAAAAGAUCCGGAAUAAGCAUUGUUUUGUGAAUUUUACAUUUUUUCUCACCAUUUAGCAGUUUUCUGAAUGGUAAUAACGUCAACCUUUUUCCUUUCUAAACUUUUGCUUGUACAUUUUUUUAACUUUGGAAGGUAUUUUUUUUAUUAUUAUUAUUUUCAUUUUGUUUAUUUUUGUACAGUGAGCACAGAGUUUAUUUUCAGAGUGAGCGCGGAGCGUGCAGUGGGGUCUGAGGUCUGCCCACCUGGGCCCGCCUGUGGCUGCACACAGAGCGUGGAGCCUUCCUUUGCUGCCCGUGCUUUCUGGGCAGGGGGCACCCUCGCAGCGCUGAGCUGAGGGGCUUGCCAGCCACCAUGGGCCAUCAGUAUCCAUGAAAUUCACGUGUAGACGUCUCUGACCACGUGGUCAGGAUAGCAUUUUUCACUUGGCUUUUCCAAAGAGCUUGUAAACUUGUCGGCCACGCGUGGGGCCAGGGGGCCUGUGCACCCUCCCCAGGCUCUUCUGCGGCAGCCACGUGGCAGGGCCCUGGCUGGGAGCAGUAGGCCUGAACUUUGAAGCCUGUGGCCACGGAGAGCCUGGACCCUUGCUGCCUGGUGACCCCGUGGGGACAGCAGACUCCCCAUCAGGACGUCUAUCCUUGGCUCUUUUUUUUCUCUUUGACAGUAACUGAAAAGGAUCAGUUUUUAGUGGUAACUCAUUUUCCAGCCCUCGAAGCCACCAGUUUCAUUCCAGAGUGUGCAUCGGGUUCUGACGAGGAAGUGCAGACACAGCUUGCCAUGGGCAGGGAACCCCAGCCAAGUCUCAAGUCUGGUGACAUUUACAGGGUAGCUUCUGGAAGAGACUCUGACGCAGCCAGACUUGGGACCAAAGGAGCCCAGAUUCUUGGACCGGCUUGGUCAUCGGGUCGCUAUUGGUCACACUCAGGACAGUGGUCAAGAAUAGGACAGGAAGGUCUUGGGCCAUGCCUGGUGUCCCCUCUCCUCCUGGCCCCUUGCCCUGAGGCCCAGGUUGGUGGGGGAGUUGGAGGCACCCAACCCCCAACAGUGGAGGCAGGCCCCAGCCAGUCAUGUCUGCUGGCCUCCUGGGACCCCCCCUGCCACCUGCCCACUUCCUGCCAGCCGUGGCUCCUGGGGAGAAACAUCACCUGACAUUUUUCCAGGUGAUGGGAUAACAGGUGACCUUGGUGGCCAAGUUCCUGUUGGAAGGGUUUGCUUCUGAUCUCGUCCAACAGAGACCUCCUCUGCAGAAGGCCCGACGGGGGCCGUUUUCAUUUGCCAGCUCACUCCAGCUUCACAAGCGUGCUUAAAGCAGUACCGUGUAGCCUUUUGUUUUCUUUGAAGACACACUCAGCCCUUCUCCACAGCCAGCCGUCCGGGGCAGAGGGCGGCGGGGCCACCCGGAGCUCCCACCGCCUCAGGGAGGGCACCCACACCUUCCCGCUGUGGUCUCUGGACCUCUAGCCUUUUUGUUCCUUUUCAGAGGCCUUGGGGGCACUGGCCGGGGGUCAGCAAGUGAGCACUUUAUACCCCUUCGCAGGAAACCCCGUGAUGCCGCGCGACUCGUGGUGUCCCCCUGCCCUUCGGGCCUUCCAGCUGCGCCUCAGGGCGCCCGAGCCCCACCAGCAGGCGGCCGUCCCCCGGCCGCCCCCCGGCCGCCUGGGACUAGCCGCCCCUCCGGUUCCGAAGGGCCUCUUUGUCAAAGCGUUUGGGUUUUUCUUGACUUCCUUUCCAAGUUUGUUUCCAGAGGAAGGACCGUUUUGUCCUGGUUCUGACGCGAAAGCAAGUCUGAUUUUUGCAGCACUAAGCAAUGGAGUUUCUUGUUUUUAAUUUUCGAUCGGAACAUUCCUCCUUUCCUGGUCACAGCCACACGCUCAUUCCAUUCUUUUUGUAGACUUUCGGGCCCACGUGUUUUACGGGCAUUGAUACGUAUAUAAAUAUAUAUAUAAACACAUAUGAGUAUAUUUUUUUAAGUUUCCUACACCUGGAGGUUGCAUGGGCUGUACGAGCGGCAUGUCUUUAUAUUGUAUAUGGAUUUUGCACGCAAACGCGGCAGCUUGGGGAAGAAGAGAAAUGCCUUUCUGUUCCCCUCCCAUGACAUUUGCAGACAACAGAAGAUGGGGAUUUUUUUUUUUUUUCUGUAAAACGAAACCUUGAAGGAGAGUGGGGGAGGGGGGAACGUUUGCGUCUUAUUGAACUUAUUCUUAAGAAAUUGUACUUUUUAUUGUAAGAAAAAAUAAAAGGACUACUUAAACAUUUGUCAUAUUAAGAAAAAGUUUAUCUAGCACUUGUGGCAUACCAAUAAUAGAGUUUAUUGUAUUUAUGUGGAGACAGUGUUUUAGGGAGCUUAUGCGGAGGUCGAGGCGGACCACCCGUCUCCCGCAGCUGCUCUGGAGGAACUUGUCCCGUUGGGUUUCUUCCCUGGUCCCCCUCCCCGGGGAAGCCGCGGCCCCCGCGGCCCUUUCCGCACAGCCUGGCCCGCUUUUCCUGACUUCCGGGUGAUGUUCGGCUAGGAUUUCACCCGACAUUCAGCAGUCACGAAUUGUGCUGCACUGAGGUUUAAAAUCAUGCUUUGCAUUGAAAGGACACCAUUUCUUCCUUGUAAUGAAUCAGAGCUUUCACAGCUGAGCUCACUUUGUGUCUUUGACAUGAUUAUAAGCCUCCUAUUGAAGGAAAAAGAAAGCAGACAUUUUCUGUUUGUGGUUUUUUUUUUUUCCAAUCUUUUUGGUGUGUGUGCUCCACAGUGGAGGCGCUAUUUUCCAAUUUAUGAGAAUGACAAACAUACUAUCAUGUGUCUGUAUAAGAGGGGGGUUGACCCUGUUCACCCAAGAGCUCCUCACGGUCUGUCGCAGAAAACGCGGUGGGGACGUGUUCCCGUCCCCGCCCACGCCCAUUUCCGGCUCCUGCGGGCGCCAGGCGGGCGGCAGAGACCCGUCUCCUCUGUAACAUCGCAUCCGUUCUCUCUUGAUUGUCUGGACCUUCCCGGGGUCCUUUCCCUUUCUCAGUGGAGUUGGAGAUUCUGUCCUUGGUUUUCUCAUUCUUGUUUCAUUCUGUGUGGGGGGGUUUGCACCAACUGCGGUGUCCUCCCCCGACGGCCGGCUCCACUUCACCGGAGUCCAGUAUUUGUACCUCAUCAUGCGACUUGUCACUCUUGUGGUGUAAAUAAAGAGCAUUAAUUGCCCUCCAA